AUGCGUCUCUCACGCUUUUCCUCAUCGCCUACACCACUUCUCAUAACCCUCCUCCUCUUCAUCAUCACCCUAUCCACAUCCCUCCACACAAUCACCGCCUCUACCGUCAACUCCAGGAACAACAAACGAGACCUCCUCGGAAACAUCUUCCCCCACGGCAGCUCCUCCGCUCCACCAGCCGCCACACCCGCUGGCUCUCCAUCCCCAACAGUCCCCACCGCACCAGGCACUGGAGGCACCGGCGGCACCCAGUCCAACUCCACCGCUACAGGCCCCUUACCAGGCUUGAUCAGUCAAGUCCUAGACCCACCAGUCCUCGGCAAUAUCGGCGGUGUCCCCUCCUCUACCACACCCACCAAAAAGCUCCCCUCUGGCGGCUCGGGCGCCAAUGACGACAGCACCCCAGACGAUGACGGCAACCCAGCAACACCCAACCAGUCCUCGAACGCCAAGAGUGGGAAGGGCAACAACCCUAACAGCAAUGGCGGCCCACUGUCUCCGGGUCUGAUUGUUCUUUUGGUCGUCAUCCUGCUUGCAAUUCUUGCGGGCGUGCUGUUUAGUUGUUACAGAAUCCGUCAGUCACGUCGACGACGCCAUCAGAGCUGGGAUGAGGAUAUUCUCAAGAACCAUGCUGGCUCUGUGGGGUAUAGCGAGUCCGGUGGAGGCUAUGGCAUGUAUGUCGGCAAUGGAGGGAAGGAGAGACCGGACCUGUGGCGCAAGAACCUCGAUCUGUUUCAUCGCGAAUGA